AUGGGAUGGACGACGACGGAAUGCCAACAGCGUUGUCGUCGUCGUCGUCCUCACACCACCACUAUUCAAGAACUUCUACUCGCUACAAUGACGACGCCGCGUUUUUUGAUCUACUCGACGAUAUUUGCAAUCGGCGCCGUCGCGGCUGCCAACCGCGAUCCUGUCGAUACGGUCGCGAAUCAGGGAUUCGACAUUCUGCAACAGGCGAAACUCACCGGUCAGAGUGUUCGGCAGUGCUCGUGCCGCGAGCAGCGCAUUUGCGUCGAGGAGAUGAAGGCGCAGGCGAAAGAAUGCACCGUACCGUGCUUCCAGAUGUUCUCUACGAUCACCUCGCGUCCGAACGAUCUCAAGCAAUGCUUCGACGAGAAGAACAACAUUCUUGAGGAUUUUCUGACGUGCUUUGAGAAUCGCGUCGAGGCAUGCGUUCAAACCGAACAGGGUCCGAUGAUUCCGAAAACCGAUAUUCGGUCGAUAUUCCGAAUUUCGGAGCGCUCGAUUGUCACCCAGACGGCGAACAUCAAGACGAUGAUCGCGCCGAUCAAGCACAUUCUCGAUGCCACCGGCGAUUUUGCCCUGUGCGUCAAAGAUUGCUUCUUGCUUCGCAACCAGAACGGAUUCUGUUUCGAUCGUCAAGGAUGCCAACCAUUGGUGGCCGAGGCGAAAGCGAAACGAUCGUUCCGCGCGUGCACGAAGAAGAUGCACUGGAAGCGCGAAGCCGGCGAGCUUUGCGAGUGCUCGGUGAACGCUGGCGUCACCGAACUUCGCCAAUAUUGCGCCAUGUUCAAAUUGAUGGGUCGAAAAUCGCCGAUGCGUCGUGAGCGAAGCUAA